GCGUCGCAAUCGUCGUCCUUUGAUGAAUCCUUCCAUUGCUCUUCUUCGCUGUAACCCCUUUGCCUUCUUCUUCUUCUUCUUCUUCUUCUUCUUCUUCUUCUUCUUCUUCUUCAUCGCGAUAAGCUUCUACAGAAGAAUCGCAUUCUUCCGGAACUAGAAACGGAGGAAGGAGAGACCAAGCGCCGAUUUCUAUAAUCUUAUCCGACUUUUGAUUUCCUGGAAUACUCGGUUUCCUUGCUUUGAUUUUUGAGUCUAGGAGAUGUCAAACAAUCCGAAGAUGACAUGCGUGUCUUCGGCUCAUCAGAAUUUGGAGGAGAAACUAAGGGAACUACAGGAGAGGUUCUGUCAUCUUCAGGCUGCUAGGAAAGAAGGGCGGCAUGGUGACCUUGCACUUUUGGAAGCCCAAAUCUCUCAAAAUCUUUGUGAGUGGCAAGCUGAACUCACUGCUCCUUCUCCAGAGUCUUCUCUUCUGGGUGAAGGUAUUAGCCAAUUCCUUGAGGAAUUUGCUGAGUUUGCUCCUUUGUUGAAAUUAGACGAAGAGGAUGAUGCAACUAGUUCAUUAAAGGAACAUGCUGCACCAAAGCCUGAGUCUGAGGGUUUCGCUCAAAGCUUGUGCCCUCCAGAAUGGACAUCUGAACAUUUUAGUCAAAGUCCAUUCAACGGAAAUUUCUCCUGUGGUGUUGAGGAUGCUGGUAACAACACGGAAACACAUGGUCAGCAACUCCAUUAUGCAUAUGAAGGGUUUGAUUCAAGCAUAAACACAGCCCCUGGUUUCCAUGACCAAAAACUCAGCAACUUGGAUAUAACUUCUCAGUAUGAUUAUAUCUGCUCAGAAGUGCGUCAGGAACUCAAUAACAGCCCUUCCAUUAAGCUUGAUUCUUCUGAAGAGAUUGAAAACUUUACUGAAUUUACUACUCCAUCAAGUGUCCGUGUGCCUCCAUCUGCCUUUCUCGGACCCAAGUGUGCACUGUGGGAUUGCACAAGGCCUGCUCAGGGAUCAGAGUGGUACGUGGAUUACUGCAGUAACUACCAUGCGACUCUAGCUCUGAAUGAAGAUUCACCUGGCACAGCACCUGUCUUAAGGCCGGGGGGAAUCAGUUUGAAAGAUAAUUUAUUGAUUGAAGCUCUUCGUGGAAAGACUCAGGGUAAGAAUGUUGGCAUCCCUGUGUGUGAAGGAGCUGUUAACACAAAAUGCCCAUGGAAUGCAGCAGAGCUGUUUCAUCUUGAACUAGUUGAAGGCGAAACGAUUAGAGAGUGGCUCUUCUUUGACAAACCUAGAAGGGCAUAUGAUAGCGGAAACCGAAAGCAAAGAUCACUUCCAGAUUACAGCGGACGAGGUUGGCAUGAAUCAAGAAAACAACUGAUGAAGGAACAAGAAGGCCAGAAGAGAUCUUACUAUAUGGAUCCACAACCUCCAGGUCCCUUCGAGUGGCAUCUCUUUGAAUACCAAAUCAAUGAAUCUGACGCAUGUGCGUUAUAUCGCCUAGAGCUUAAAGUAGGAAAUGGAAAGAAGAGUCCCAAGGGAAAGAUUUCAAAAGACCCUCUAGCUGAUCUGCAGAAGAAGAUGGGACAGUUUAAAGUGGCUACAGAUAAACCCUCUCCUCCAACCAAAGGUCGUACAAAGGAGUAAAGUUAGCAGUUUUACUCUGUUUUUUUAUUUCUGACGAUAUUAUAUGUUGAGAUAGGAUGAUCAUCUUUGAUGGUUGGCUGUAAAUUAUUUUUGCAUUUUUCUGAUAUCCUUUAAACCAUUAUGAUGAAGUUGUGUAUUUCUCCGA